CGAAAAUCAGCAGAAAAAAAAGUUUAUAAGAUGUAAAAUAAUUUUCCUCUCUCUUUGUUUUGAAUUUUUGACAUAAUUUAAGAUUUGCAAAAUUAAAAAGCCAUCAAAAAAUGGAGGCAAUAGAGAAAGUAUCAGCGGAAAUUGAGAAAGUGAUAACAAAAUUUAGUGCUAUAAACGAGCAUUCAUCAAAACUUAUCCAAAAUGAAAUCAUUGCAUUGGAAAACAUGAAAGCUACUCUCGAGGAGCAACCACCAGAGACUCAAUUGACACCGCAGCAGAUAAAUAUGGUUAAAUGCACAAUCACGAGAACGAAGGAGAAGCUGCAUAGACUAGCAAUCGAUCACAGAGAUUUGCAUGGAACAGUCAGCAAAGUUGGCAAAGCAAUAGAUAGAAAUUUUAUCAUGGAAUAUCAUCAAGUCGUAAGAUCAGAUCUCUUUCAGAAUGACUACAAUAUACAGCUGCUAGAUGAGAAUAUUGCAAAGCAUUUUUAUCGUCAAGGUAUGGAGGACAUAGCAGAUUCAUUAAUUAGAGAAUCUGGUCUACCAAAAGAGAUCAUUAAUGAGGAUCCAUACGCUGAACUUCAUAAAAUAUUUGAAGAAAUUCAUCAUAGAAAUUUAGCGCCAGCAAUCGUUUGGACAGAGAAAUAUUCUAAACAAUUAGAGGAUAGACAUAGUUCAUUGGAGUUUAAACUUCAUCGAUUAGCAUUUAUGCAAAUUAUUCGCGGUGGUCUGCAAUCGCAAAAUGAAGCAAUCAAUUACGCUCGUAUCCAUUUAUCAAAAUUUGUUAAUAAAUUUCAAAAGGACUUUCAAGUUCUUAUGGGCUGUCUGUUGUAUUUAAAGAAUGGCUUGAAUAGCUCACCUUACAAUUAUUUACUACGUGACGAAAUGUGGGUUGAGGCUGCUGAUGUCUUUUUAAAAGACUCGUGUGAGCUUUUAGGAAUUAAUAAGGAAUCUCCUUUGUCAACGAUCGUCAGUGCUGGAUGUAUCGCCUUACCAGCUUUGUUAAAUUUGAAGCAAGUCAUGUCUCGGCAGGUUCAAGGCAUAUGGAAUGGACGAGAGGAGCUUCCGAUUGAGAUUGACGUUGAUCGUUAUCAUUCAAUCUUCGCAUGUCCAAUAUUGCGUCAGCAAUCAACUGAAGAUAAUCCACCGAUGAGACUUAAAUGCGGUCAUGUUAUCAGCAAAGACGCACUUAAUAAGCUAAGCAGUGCAUCGAUAAUGAACAAUAAUCAUUACAGGUCAAUGCUAAAAUGUCCAUACUGUCCAAUGGAGCAGAGCGUCAACGAUGCAAAGCAAAUUUAUUUUUGAUGUACUGGAGAUUGUAAUGUAAUUUAAGCCACCUAGUGACCCGUACUCGUGAAAUGGAAGCUGCACUACUUUAAAUAUUUAACAAUAAUGUUUAACACACACACACACACACACUAAGUUCCUUCCGAUGCUCUUCACUACAAUGAAAUUUAAUUAUGAAAACUAAAAUAUAUAAAAUGAAAGUUCCUCAUUUGAUGAGGAUAUUCUGUUGAUACUUUAAUUUAUUUAAUCGUUUUCUUCUGAAUGAAAAAAAAAAUAAUUGUUUUAGAUUUACUGAAAAAUCU